UUCUUGGUGCCGUACAUGGUGUUCGUGCUGACAUGUGGGGUCCCUCUCUUCUUGCUUGAGACCACCAUCGGCCAGUACUCUCAGGAGGGAAGUGUGACCUGCUGGAAGAAGCUGUGUCCACUGGCAGAAGGGAUUGGCUACGGUGGUCUGCUGAUCCUCCUCUACAGCUGCAUGACCUACAUCAUCAUACUGUCCUGGUCCUUGCUCUACCUGAUCUUCUCCUUCAGCCCUCAGCUGCCUUGGUCCAGCUGCUUUAAUGACUGGAACACAGAGGACUGCGUAGACUUUUCCCCGGGCAAUAAGACACUGGACUGGAGAAACAGGACCAACACCACCUCUGCUGCCACUGAAUUCUGGGAGCGGCGGGUGCUGAAGCUCUCAGGGGGUAUUGAGGAGGUGGGCCACAUCAGGUGGGAGAUACUGCUCUGUCUCAUGCUGAUGUGGGUCAUCUGCUACUUUUGCAUCUGGAAAGGCGUCAGAUCCACAGGAAAGGUGGUGUACUUCACCGCCACCUUCCCGUACGUGACGCUGGUGGUUCUGCUCAUCCGUGGGCUCACACUCCCAGGAGCCAAGCAAGGGGUCUUGUACUAUCUCCUUCCUGAGCCCUCCAAGCUCCUGGACGCGCAGGUCUGGAUGGAGGCCGUGGCGCAGAUCUUCUUCUCCUACAGUGUGGGAGUGGGCUCCCUCAUAGUCCUGGGCAGCUACAACCCUCGCCACAACAACUGCUACAAGGACUGUUUCUGGCUGUGCCUGCUGAACAGUGGCACCAGCGUGGUGGCUGGAUUUGCCGUCUUCUCUGUUCUUGGAUUCAUGGCACACGAGCAAGGCGUCCCCAUCGAUGAGGUGGCAGAGUCCGGUCCAGGCCUGGCCUUCAUCGCCUACCCUCAGGCGGUGGCCAUGAUGCCGCUGCCUCAGUUGUGGUCCAUCUGUUUCUUCGUCAUGCUGAUCCUCCUGGGCCUGGACACAGAAUUUGUUGCCAUGGAAGUGGUGAUGACUUCCAUCAUCGACUUGUUUCCCACCGUGAUGCGACGGCCGGGUCGGCGGGAACGUUUCCUCUUGCUGUUCUGCCUCACAUGCUUCGUCCUCCAGCUCAUCAUGGUCACAGAGGGAGGGAUGUACGCAUUUCAGCUCUUCGACUACUACGCUUGCAACGGCGCCUGCAUCCUCUUCCUCUGUGUGUUUGAGAGCUUGGCCAUGGGCUGGAUUUUUGGAGCUGAUAAGAUCUACGGCAUCAUCCGAGACAUGACUGGUGAACGCGCCAAUGCCUACUUCAAAAUCUGCUGGCUCUAUGUCACGCCCGCCGUCUCUCUGGCAUCCUUCAUAUGUUCUCUGGUGGAGUACCAGCCGCUCACCUUCAACCGCUGGUACGUGUAUCCAGACUGGGCCUACGUGAUAGGCUGGAUUGCGGCGCUCUCCUCCAUCCUGCUGGUACCAGGCUGGGCUCUGUACAGACUCGGCACCGGGACCGGACCACUCAAAAAGCGUCUACAUCAGCUGUGCAGGCCAGCGCCUUCUGAGAGCGCCCACUCACUGACCUGCCGGACGGAGGAGGCCCUGAUGGAUGACGCAGCCUGUUCUCGGGUGACACAGGACUUGUACUGA